GCCCGGAGAGCCUGGGGCGAACACCCGGCACAGUGGAGGCCAGCCCGCGCGCUGGGGUGGACGGCUGGGAGAGCUGAGGCACCGAGCUCAAAAGGGUUAAGUAGGCGGUGCCCCGCCCCGCCCGGGCCCGCCCGCUGGAGGCCGCCGCGCCAGUCAUAUUUAUAGCGGCGAUGUCGGGCGUGCCGCGUCUCCCCGCAGGCCCUGGCCGCGGUGUCCCAGACUCCCGGAUCCCAGACACCAUGGAGCGGCCGGCGCCCCUGGCCGUGCUUCCCUUCUCGGACCCUGCGCACGCCCUAAGCCUACUGCGCGGCCUGAGCCAGCUCCGCGCCGAGCGCAAGUUCCUGGACGUGACUCUGGAGGCAGCGGGUGGGCGCGACUUCCCCGCGCACCGUGCGGUGCUGGCCGCCGCCAGUCCCUACUUCCGCGCCAUGUUCGCCGGGCAGCUGCGCGAGAGCCGCGCCGAGCGGGUGCGCCUGCACGGAGUGCCGCCCGACAUGCUGCAGCUGCUGCUCGACUUUAGCUACACUGGCCGCGUGGCGGUGAGUGGCGACAACGCCGAGCCGCUGCUGCGUGCCGCCGACCUGCUGCAGUUCCCGGCCGUGAAGGAGGCGUGCGGCGCCUUCCUGCAGCAGCAGCUUGACCUGACCAACUGCCUGGACAUGCAGGACUUCGCCGAGGCCUUCAGCUGCGCUGGGCUGGCGAGCGCGGCGCAGCGCUUCAUACUGCGCCACGUGGGCGAGCUGGGCGCAGAGCAGCUGGAGCGGCUGCCGCUAGCGCGCCUGCUGCGCUACCUGCGCGACGACGGGCUAUGCGUGCCCAAGGAGGAGGCCGCCUACCAGCUGGCGCUGCGCUGGGUCCGGGCAGACCCGCCCCGCCGCGCCGCACACUGGCCGCAGUUGCUGGAGGCCGUGCGCCUGCCUUUCGUGCGCCGAUUCUACCUGCUGGCGCACGUCGAGGCCGAGCCGCUGGUGGCGCGCUGCCCACCCUGCCUGCGCCUGCUGCGCGAGGCGCGCGACUUCCAGGCGGCGCGCUACGACCGCCACGACCGCGGGCCCUGCCCCCGCAUGCGCCCGCGCCCCUCCACGGGCCUCGCUGAGAUCCUCGUGCUCGUAGGCGGCUGCGACCAGGACUGCGACGAGCUGGUCACUGUCGACUGCUACAACCCGCAGACGGGUCAGUGGCGCUACCUGGCGGAGUUCCCUGACCACCUGGGCGGGGGCUAUAGCAUCGUGGCGCUGGGCAAUGACAUCUACGUGACAGGUGGGUCCGAUGGCUCCCGGCUCUACGACUGCGUGUGGAGAUACAACUCAAGUGUGAAUGAGUGGACGGAGGUGGCGCCCAUGCUGAAGGCCCGCGAGUACCACAGCUCCUCUGUGCUGGACGGACUGCUCUACGUGGUGGCCGCUGACAGCACAGAGCGUUAUGACCACACAACCGACUCCUGGGAGGCCCUGCAGCCCAUGGCCUACCCUAUGGACAAUUGCUCCACCACUGCCUGCCGUGGCCGGCUCUAUGCCAUCGGCUCCCUGGCUGGCAAGGAGACCAUGGUGAUGCAAUGCUACAAUCCAGACACCGACCUGUGGUCACUGGUGGACUGUGGCCAGCUCCCCCCUUGGUCCUUCGCCCCCAAGACUGUGACUCUGAAUGGACUCAUGUACUUUGUCAGGGAUGACUCUGCUGAGGUGGAUGUGUAUAACCCAGUGAAGAAUGAGUGGGACAAGAUCCCGUCUAUGAAUCAGGUACACGUGGGGGGCAGCCUGGCUGUCCUGGGAGGGAAACUUUACGUCUCUGGGGGAUAUGACAAUACAUUUGAACUCUCGGAUGUGGUGGAGGCGUAUGACCCCGAGACUCGGGCAUGGAGUGUGGUGGGGAGGCUUCCGGAGCCCACCUUCUGGCACGGCAGCGUCAGUAUCUUCCGCCAGUUCAUGCCUCAGACCUUCCCAGGCGGGCGUGGCUUUGAGUUGGACAGUGGCAACAACGACCUAGAUGCAGGCCGCCACCGGCCACCACAGAACCCUGAGGAGCUGCACUAGCCCCG